AUGAGUGAGAAUCAAACAAGUUUGACUUUUUGUGUCAAUGGUGAAAAGUUUGAGCUAUCCAACAUUGAUCCAUCAAUCACUUUGCUUGAGUUCUUGCGUACACAAACUCGAUUCAAGAGUGUUAAACUCGGUUGUGGUGAAGGUGGUUGUGGUGCUUGUGUAGUUUUGAUCUCCAAAUAUGAUGCUUUACUCGAUAGAGUCGACGAUUUUACUGCGAGCUCUUGUCUUACACUACUUUGUAGCAUACAUGGAUGCUCAAUAACAACAAGUGAAGGCAUUGGAAAUAGCAAACAAGGAUUCCAUCCUAUUCAUCAAAGAUUUGCAGGUUUCCAUGCUUCUCAAUGUGGCUUCUGUACUCCCGGAAUGUGUGUUUCACUCUUCGGCGCUCUUGUCAAGGCUGAUAAGAACAAUUCUCCAGAGCCACCAGCUGGUUUUUCAAAAAUCAAUGUUUCUGAUGCUGAAAAGUCUAUUGCAGGUAACCUUUGUCGAUGCACUGGUUAUCGACCGAUUGCUGAUGCCUGCAAAAGUUUUGCAGCUGAUGUUGAUAUGGAAGAUCUCGGUUUGAAUGCUUUCUGGAGAAAAGGAGAUAGCAAGGACUUGAAGCUUAGUAAGUUGCCUCUAUAUGAUCGCGAUCAUGAGAUUAUCAAAUUUCCUAUGUUUCUGAAGGAUAUCAAACGCGAUUUGUUUAUAGCUUCUGAGAAGCAAUGUUGGCACAAACCUACUAGUUUAAAAGAGCUUCAGAGGUUAAUUGAGUUAAACCAUGCCAAUGAAACCAAGAUAAAACUUGUUGUUAGUAAUACUGGUAUGGGAUAUUACAAAGAUAAACAUGGCUAUGAUAAGUAUAUUGAUCUAAGUGGCAUUUCUGAGCUCUCAAAGAUCAGAAAGGAUCAAUCAGGGAUUGAAAUUGGAGCGGCAGUGACCAUAUCUAACGCUAUUGAAGCUCUAAAGGUUCAAAGUAAGAGUGAGUUUCUUCCAGAUUUUGUAAUGACACUUGAAAAGAUUGCAGACCAUAUGAACAAAGUUGCGACGAGGUUUAUCAGGAAUACAGCCAGUGUAGGUGGAAAUUUAGUGAUGGCGCAAAAGAAUAAGUUUCCUUCGGAUAUCGCUACUAUACUUCUUGCUGUGGAUUCAAUGGUUCACAUAAUGACUAAUGCAAAGUUUGAAUGGCUUGCAUUGGAGGAGUUUUUGGAGAGACCGCCAUUAGGUUUGGGAAGUGUGCUUUUAAGCAUUAAAGUUCCAUGUUUGGAAACUAUUAAAACUGAAUAUUCGACACCAAGAAGUAGCUUCGUCUUUGAAACUUACCGAGCUUCACCUCGACCGCUUGGAAAUGCACUUUCUUUUUUAAAUGCUGCUUUCCUUGUUCAGGUGUCUCCGUGCAAGGAUACUGAUGGAACCAUGAUAGAUACUUGUAGGUUGUCUUUUGGUGGUUUUAGGAAUAAGCAUGCAAUCAGAGCUAAAUCUGUAGAGGAGUUUUUAGCAGGAAAAUUGUUAAGUGAUAGAAACCUGUAUGAUGCUAUUAAUUUGCUUAAGGAUUCUGCCACUGUUAUACCUCAAGAUGAAACCGCGAAAAGUGCUUACAUUUCGAGUUUAGCAGUUGGUUUUCUUUUUCAGUUCUUUUACUCACUCAGUGACAGUUCUGCAAGAAUAUACAAUGGUUAUUUAAAUGGAUAUACUCAUUUGCCUUCAGUCAAGGCUUCUGAUAUAAAAGAUAAUCAGAAUCAGGCUACUUUAUUGUCGUCCGGGAAGCAAGUAAUUGUAGCAGGCAGUGAGUAUAGUCCGAUUGGCGAGCCGGUCAUGAAAUCUGGUGCUGCGCUGCAAGCUUCAGGCGAGGCUGUGUUUGUGGAUGAUAUGCCAUCGCCGACGAAUUGCCUACAUGGAGCAUAUAUUUAUAGUGAGAAACCUUUGGCAAGGAUAUCAGGCAUAAAACUCAGGCAAGAAUUGGAACAUGAUGGAGUAAGAGACAUCUUUUCAAGUAAGGAUAUCCCCAAUGGUGGGGAGAACCUUGGAACAAAGAAUGUAUUUGGUAGAGAACCUUUAUUUGCUGAAGAGAUUGCUAGAUGUGUCGGAGAACGUCUUGCAUUCGUGGUUGCAGAUACUCAGAAACUUGCAGAUCUGGCUGCAAACUCGGCUUCUGUUGAAUACAGUAUUGAAAAUCUUGAACAACCUAUCCUAUGUGUUGAAGAUGCUGUUGAAAGAUCAAGUUUUUUUGUUGUUCCUCCAUUUUUAUAUCCAAAAUAUCAAAUUGGUGAUAUAUCAAAAGGAAUGGCAGAAGCUGAUCACAAGAUUCUUUCUGCCGAGAUGAAACUUGGAUCCCAAUACUAUUUCUAUCUAGAGAUGCAAACCGCACUUGCUGUACCGGACGAAGACAAUUGCAUAACUGUUUACUCGUCGAGUCAAAACCCUGAGCAUGUACAUUCUACUAUAGCAAGAUGCCUUGGUAUUCCUGAAAAUAAUGUUAGAGUAAUUACAAGAAGAGUUGGAGGAGGUUAUGGAGGAAAAGGCGGAAAAUCUGUAGCUGCUGCUACAUCUUGUGCACUCGCAGCGCACAACUUACAGCGACCUGUCAGGAUGUAUCUAAAUCGUAAGACUGAUAUGAUAAUGGUCGGAGGAAGGCAUCCAAUGAAGAUAACAUACAGUGUCGGAUUUAAGAAUAACGGGAAGAUUACUGCAUUACACCUUGAGAUAUUAGUCAACGCUGGGAUUUAUCCAGACGUUAGUGCAAUAAUGCCGCGCAACAUAGCCGGUGCACUUAAAAAGUAUGACUGGGGUGCUCUCUAUUUUGAUAUAAAGUUAUGCAAAACAAACCAUCCUAGUAGAACUAUAAUGAGGGCCCCGGGGGAUGUGCAGGGAUCAUUCAUCGCGGAAGGUAUAAUAGAAAAUGUUGCAGCUACACUUUCAAUUGAAGUAGAUUCUGUCAGGAGCAUUAAUCUUCACACUUACACAAGUCUUAAGAAAUUCUAUGAAAACUCUUGUGGCGAACCUCUUGAAUAUACCAUGCCUUUAAUUUGGGACAAGUUAGCUGUUUCUACAAACUAUGAGCUUAGAGUAAACAAAGUGAAAGAGUUUAACAGUAUUAACAUUUGGAAGAAAAGGGGAAUAUCUCGUGUACCGGUGGUGUAUGAGCUGAACCUAAGACCAACUCCAGGAAAAGUUAGUAUUUUAUCAGACGGUUCUGUUGUUGUUGAAGUUGGAGGAAUUGAAUUAGGCCAGGGUUUAUGGACAAAGGUGAAACAAAUGGCUGCGUUCGCACUUGGCACAAUUCAAUGUGAUAGAAGUGGAGGUCUUUUGGAUAAUGUCAGGGUUGUACAAGCUGAUUCGUUGAGCUUGAUUCAAGGAGGAUUAACUGCUGGGAGCACUACAUCAGAGUCGAGCUGUGAAGCAGUUAAGCUUAGCUGCAAUAUUUUGGUCGAAAGACUAAAGCCUAUCAAGAAAAAGCUCCAAGAGGAAAUGAAAUCUCUCAAGUGGGAGAAUAUUAUUCUUCGGGCAUACAUGGAAGCUGUGAAUUUAUCAGCAUCUUCAUAUUUUGUACCAAGUAAAAAUUCCAUCAGGUACCUCAAUUAUGGUGCUGCAGUCAGUGAGGUGGAAAUAGAUCUUCUCACAGGAGAAACAAGAUUCCUGCAAACAGAUAUUAUCUAUGACUGUGGACAAAGUCUCAACCCUGCUGUGGAUUUAGGACAGAUUGAAGGAUCUUUCAUACAGGGGUUAGGAUUUUUCAUGCUUGAAGAAUAUGAAACAAAUGUUGAGGGUUUGGUGUUGGCAGAUGGAACAUGGAACUACAAAAUCCCAACAAUGGACACAAUUCCUCAACAGUUUAAUGUUGAAAUCCUCAACAGUGAGCAUCACCAACAUAGAGUUCUCUCUUCCAAGGCAUCUGGUGAGCCACCCUUGCUUCUUGCAGCUUCAGUUCACUGUGCCACAAGAUCAGCUGUGAAAGAAGCAAGGAAACAGGUCUUAUCAUGGAGCAACUUAGAUGAAUCAGAUUCAACGUUUCAGUUGGGGGUCCCUGCAACCAUGCAUGUAGUAAAGGAACUCAGUGGACUUGACAUUGUAGAAAGAUACUUGAAAUGGAAAAUGGACAGCAAGUAA